AUAACAAUUUAUUUUUAUUCCUUUUCCGCUUUAUAUCUAUGGUGUAAGGUUAGAAUUAGAUAACAAUACUCAAUAGCAAUAUCUGAAAUAUCACUAUACUGCAAGUAAAUAUCAACAAACACAACGUUGGCUGAUCGAGUUACUUUGAAUUCGACUGACUUUCAAAAUGUUUCUUGUAUAGUUUAGUUAGACUAGUUUGAAUAAUAUAAAAUGUUUCCGUAGUUUUUGUAUCAAUUAAUCUUGUGUUAUCGUAGACAAAUAAAAUGUAUUUUUUAAUAAAGAAAAAAAAAUCUUUAUCAAAAUAAAAAUAUAAUUAUCAUAUUAUAAAUUAUUCACAUGCUUUUAUUUUUAAAUCGUCCUGUUGUAUUCGCGUUCUUCAGACACUAUUUUAAUAUCUAAAAAAAGAAAAAAUGACUCUCUGUAACUUGUUAAGAGUUCCACCCAUAUUCAUUAUGGAUGAACUAUUUAAAAAUAGUUUUGGAUUACCAGAAUUCACCAGUAUAAUAUUUCCUGAAAAUAAUGACUUUGUAAAUAGCACUAUAGUUCAAAACGAAAUCAAUGAAUCUACAGAGUAUUACAAGGCCACCUUACUAUCCUUCUUCAAAAUUAUACUAUCGUGUUUAAUAUUCUGUUCAUCGUCAUGUUUAUUCGUUUUACCAGCUAAAUACUUGUACCUAGUAUAUUUUCAUCUAGUUUCUAUAUGUAUUAUACUGCUAUCCUAUUGGACAAAUAUACAAACAUUGAAAGUACUAUCAGGAAAAUAUGGACAUUUUAAAAUAGACAUGAUAUAUGAAGUAAUGGCAUUGGAUUUUUAUGGAAUUAUGCAUCUUUUUACACAACUGCAGAUUCUUGAUUUUUUAUACUUAUUAUGUCGUAAUGUAAUAUUACAAUGUUGUUUAUCACUUAUGUUUGAUUUUUUACAAGUCUGUACUACAAAUCAUUCAAUCCCUAAAGUUUUCAGUUUUAGUUUUAUUAUUCCUACUUUAAUCGCAUUAAUACCAGGUACUCAUGAGAUGUUGAAUACAAUAUCUGUUUUAGCAACAUUGUUACCACUGUUUACAAUGUUAAAAACUUUGUGGUUGAAUAUAUUUACAAUAAAAAAUUUAAUUUGUGAUGGAUAUAAUCACAUACGAGAGACCAUCAACAAUUAUGGAAUAUCUUCUCUGAUUGAAAUGGAAUGGAACCGCCUCAACAUUCCAAGUGUUCUACGAAUAUUUUGGGCCAUUAGAGUAUUGGAACAAACUCUGUACCUAUUAACUGAUAUAGAAGUGCAAAAUGAAACUUUGUAUGGAGCUAUGAAAUAUUUAUUAAUUAAAGGAUGUGACACGUUUACAGCUGUUUUAGGAAUGACAAGUUUUGUGUCAUAUUUUUGUCAUUACAUUGGUGCAUUUUUUCAAUGGAUAUUGUUGACUGAUGAUGUGGAUGAUAAAAGUAUUGGAACAAUUUCUGCAGUAUUGUUUUAUAUAUUAGCAUUACAAACGGGACUUACAGGUUUGGAACCAGAAAAACGAUUUAUAAGACUUUACAGAAAUGUCUGUUUACUUUGUGCUGCCUUAUUACAUUAUAUUCACAAUGUUGUCAACCCAUUAUUAAUGUCUCUUAGUGCUUCACACAAUCCUUCACUUAAUAGGCAUGUAAGAGCUCUUUUAGUUAGUGGAUUUCUUAUAGCAUUUCCCAUAACAAUGUUAACAUACUUGUGGUCUCACCAUUCUAUUAGUACUUGGUUACUAGCAGUUUCUUCUUUCAAUAUUGAAAUUAUUAUAAAAGUAUUAGUAUCAUUAGCUGUCUAUUCUUUAUUCUUAAUUGAUGCAUAUCGUACAACUUUCUGGGAAAGAUUAGACGAUUAUGUGUACUACAUCAAAGCAUUUGGGAAUACAGUGGAAUUCUGUUUUGGUAUAUUUCUAUUUCUAAACGGUGUUUAUAUCAUGGCUUUUGUUUCUGGUGGUGCAGUACGUGCAUCUAUGAUGUGCAUACAUGCUUAUUUUAAUAUAUGGUGUGAUGCUAGAGAUGGAUGGAGGGUAUUUAUCAAGCGUCGUACAGCUGUGAAAAAAAUUGAAUCAUUACCAGAAGCCACUAGUGACCAACUGGAAGAGCUAGAUGAUGUUUGUGCCAUAUGCUAUCAAAAUAUGGGAUCUGCUAAAAUUACCAAAUGUAAUCAUUAUUUCCAUGGUGUAUGUUUACGUAAAUGGCUUUAUGUACAGGAUCGAUGUCCAUUAUGUCAUGAUAUUUUAUAUAAAGCUGAAGUUUCCAAUUUGCCGACACAAGAUACCAACCACUUUCAAGAUCUUCAACAUAUUAUUGAUGCUGAAAAUUCUUAAACUUAACAGUAUCAAAAAAAAAAAAAAAAA